GUCUCAACGCGCGAUUUUUGAUUUCUUGUUUUCAUUCUCGAGUCGGAGCCGUAGGAAGAAAAAUAAGAAAAGCCGUUGUUUCAUGAAAAAGUUUUAGACUGCGGUUAUAAUAUAGAUCUACAACAACAUGGAAGGUGCUAUGUUUGAUCAAGUUCUUAGCGUUGUCUUCAAAUCACAAGGCCAAGACGAUAGGACUGUUGGAAUCAGGAUAUUUCUUGAACUGGUUUCUGUUACAUCACCUAUUCACAGAAAGGAGCUCCAUGUUAGAUUGACAGAUGACGCAGAUCCUUUCUUUCUCUACGAUCUUCACCUCGGAGAGGAGGAUUUCCAAGUGUUGAAGAAUCAGCAAGGGUUGCUGGUGGAUUUUAGUGCAUUCCCACAAAAGUUCAUUGAACUCUUGCAGUUAUGUGCACAGAACCAAGGCCAGGCGCAUGGCAAGUUUGUGCUUCAGCUGAAUCAGUCAGGGGAUCUAGCCGGCUCGCCUCAUGGCCUGGCUCAGCUUGGUGUAGUUGAGACCAACCCUUUCAAGCAUCUCACUCAUCUCUCACUCAGUCUCAAACCGGGCUCAGACUCAGAAGUCAAGAGAUACUUAGCCAAGUGCCUCAAGUUGCUGCAGGAAGAUCACAAGCAGCUUAAAGCUCAUCUGAGUAGCAAAGAAUCUUCCCUGACACAUCAGCUGCAACAAACACAAGAGAUUCUCCAGACCAGGAGCAGUGAGUUGGAGCGGUUGAGAGGUCAGUGGAGCAGUCAGUCUGACAGCCUGGAGGCCAAGCAUCAACAGGAGCUUGCUGAGGAGAGACAGAAGGCUCUAGAGAUGCAAAGGGAUAUUGAAAAGCAAAGUUCAGCACAGUGUCAGGAUCUAGAGGAGAAGCAUAGGAAACAGAGCGACAAGAUGCAGUCUCGCAUUGCAGAACUACAGGCAGUUAAUAGGGAGAUGCAUGAAAGAAGGCAGGCCCAAGAGUCGACCAUCAAAGAACUCAGAAGCAAGCUGCACAUGUUAGAAGAGGACUACCAGCGAGCUCAGCGGGAGCUCCAGUCCACGAGACGUCACACUGACCGUCUAGAGACCGAGCACACUGACCGGGGACAGACCGUUGGUCAGCUCAGCACACGGCUAGCCGUCCUGGAACAAGAAGUUGGAGACAAGCAGGCUCUCGCUGACAAGUCUGCUCAACUACUAGAGGCUGCCAAUGAAAGCAAGGCUCAACUAGAAGAGAAUGUUCACCAGAAGCAAGCACUCCUUGUCAAACUAGAAAGCACUGUCAAAUCAACGUCUAAAGAGGUUCUAAAGGGAAAUGAGAUCAUACGGAAACUGCAAGGAGAAUUGAAAGCAGCAGUAGCAAAGAUGAAGCUGAAGAACACAGUUACAAGCAAGCAAGAGAAGCUGAUUGAAGAGAAGAGUCACACACUGCACUCCAUGCAGGAAGACAGAGAUAACCUGAAGAGGAAAUGUGACUCUGUGGAUGCUGAGAAUGAAAGAUUGAAAGAAACUCUAGAGAGGACCACUACCAAGCUGGAGGAGAGCAAACAGUUGUUGAAGACAAAUGAAAAUGUAAUCAACUGGUUGAACAAGCAGGUGAAUGAGGUCCACCUGUCCCAGCGCCAUGGCACGUUUGAGCCCCCAUCUCGACCCCAACCAGUCGCCUCUUAUAAACCAGCAGGGGUAGUCUAUCAGCCAACAGGAGCAAACAUAGGAGUGCCCCCUACCACCAGCGGCACCGGUGCUCCACCCCGCCACGCCUUCACCUCCACCCCUUCUACCAACCCCAGUGUACCUCUCAACACACCCCACUCUGGUCUAAGUGCUAUCCAACAUGCCUCUCAUGCUAGCCCUGCACUGGAUCCCAAAUACCUGCAGAGACAGGAACAAGCUGGCCCGAUGAGAAUGGCACCUCCACCGAGCUACCCCUUUCAUUCUACGGUCCAACACAGGCCCCUCUCCCAGACACACCCCCCUGCCGUCAGAGGGCGUGUCCCUUCCAUCCCAGGAGGAUCCAAGGGAGGAGGAGGAGGAGGGAUGGUGCAGGGCAAGCCCGGGGAGCAGGCCGGGGCUGGGGCUGGGGCUGGGGCUGGGGGUGGCCAGGGACAACCCCCUCUGAUGAGCGCCUACUUCCCACGCUCCAUGCAAACUGCAUCAUAGCUGGUGGUAGAGUGAUUGUAGUGAUCGUUAUAAAGUUCUAAAUAACUUCCCAGUCUGCCUCUCCUUAAAAAUACAUGUACCCGAUCUAACACAAGAGCUUGGCCUAUUAAAAAGAAGUGAGCCAUAAUCUUCUGUAGAAUAUGGCUUGCAUAUAAAUACAAAACAUUAUUGUAUAAUAAAUGUCCAAUUUUGUCUUGCUAGUUUGAAGUCUAAUACGAAUGUGAACACCAUUUUUCAAAGGGUCUCAGAGAAUCUUCUUACACUCUAGGAGGCAGUGUGAGGGAGGGUUUAUAUAUAUGCCUUUAAAAUACUAUUUUCAUUGAGAGCAUAAUGUAAAGUAUAUACAAAACACAAUAGUGAAAGAAAAUUAAUGUUGUACAAAAGAUUUAUUUAUAUACAUUAAAUACAUGUACAUGGCAAACUCAAAUUCUGUACAUUUUAUCACUGAGAAAUCAAUAACAGGUGUUUUUUUACGACAUAGAUUCAUUUAUUUGAAGCAUUUUAAUUUGUUUACUUAUUGUAUCACUAUUUUGAGGGAGGCUUUCUUUGAGUUUAUAGAUGGACUCGAUGCAAGAAAAAAAAAUGGUGGAAAGAGAAUAUUGUAUCCUCUUUCCUUUGAAAUGUUAUGUUUCAUUGUAUGUUCAAAUGACCUACAUUUCAUGAUUUAAAUCAUUUGUAAAUAUCCAUAUCAUUUCUUUUUUAAUCACACACCUGAAAUACAGGCUAGUCUGUUCUUAAAUUAUUUUCAAUGAAUUACAUAAUUAAAGUAUACGAUCAUGAAAGACAAAUUCAUUUUGAGAAUUUUAUACGUGUAAAUUGUUUAUUUGUAAAUAAGAUGUAAAUAUUACACCUUUUUAUCAUAACCUGUCUAUUAUUUAGGUAUUAUUGUCAAAUUGUACAGAUGUUUGAAAUAAAGUUUGAAUGCGUCACUCAAAAUA